CCGAUGCAGCUGGUCGAUAACGAGACUUUCUUAACACAAGUGUCGACCCUGUUCGAGUCGAGCGCGAGAUCUGGUUCGAUAUGGCUUACGCAUAAACGACUGCUACACGAGGGCGGCGAUGCCCAUAUGUCCUCGGAAGCCGAUGGCAUCAAAGAAUACCCAUGUCUUGUCCGAGUCAGUGAUGGAGACAAUUCGAAGUUCUCGACGAUCGUUCAGCCUGCAGACCUUGAGAAGUUCCACGCAGCGUAUGGGACGCUUUUGAAGGCAUGCAUGUCAACACUUCGAAAACGGGAUAAGAAGCGUGAAAAGCAGCGGCAAGAGGACGCCGCCCGCAAGAAACGCCGGUUGCAGGAGGAGAUAGCGGUAGAGGGUCCCAAGCGAGGGGCUUGCAGGCGAAGACGUCAGAGAAAGAUGAAGCAGGCGGCGAAGCUAGAGGAGUCGAAGAAGCGGGCGCAGGAAAGGGAGGAGGCGAAGGCGAGAGCAAAAGCGUCCUAAAACCUCGCAGUCUGUAUUCCCUAGACAAUCUGUUGUAUCACCAGAUAUCGCGCGCAUACCACCGUCCUCGUAGGGCUGCUUGUUCAUGUGCUGGCCGCAGGACACGUCGU